GGUUUUCUGUGCAGCAUGCAGAGCUGCAGCCCUCCUCCUACAGUUGUGAUAGUCGACCCUAUAAACUUGGACCAACUUUAUUCACAACAUUUGAGUUCUUUUCUUUGACUAGAUGUGAUCUCUACAAGAAAGUAGAACACAAUAAGCUGUUUUUGAUAGAUUAAACUGUGAUUAGCUAACUUUUUGAGAACUUCUGCAAGUUUUACCAUCCCUUUGGUUUUUUGUUUUUUUCCAGCAUUCCUCUUUGUUGCAGAAACAGAUGCUGCUUCCUGUUCACACUUUAUACUAAGUACUCUGACUGAGUGGACACCAGACUUCUUGGUUUGAUUUAACCUUUCCACGUGAUCACCUCCUCAUCAUGGCCGGUGACCCAGACCCUUACAUCUUCACCAGUGACACUCUACCCAAUGAUGUCCGCUUCCUCCCUCCGCUGGCUAAUGGCCUUCUGGGCUGGAGGGUGUACAACAAUAUCAUGCACAUGGGUGGUGUGUAUAACGGGGAGGGCGGCCGUUGUCACCGUGCAGAUGUUCCCUGUCCUCUAGCCGUGAAGGUUGAGACAGAGGAAGCUGCCCGACACUCCUACAGCCUGGACACCAACACAGGUAUUUUUACCCACACUCUGAGCAUGGCCAGUGCAACUGUCUCCCAGUCUUUGUAUUCACACCGGUACUACCCCAACCUGAUGGUGAUGGAGAUUCUGAUGGUACGUCAGGUUACGUCAGAGGAACCUGUCACUGUUAACCUGGUCAGUUCGUUCACACCUAAGAGCAAAGACAUUGUUUUUGAGUCUGGUCCUGAUUAUAAAGGAGGGAGUCACAUCCAAGGACAGACGUCCACUGCUGAGUUCCCGGGGGGCUCCUGUGCCUCAGUGCACCUUAUCUGGAAAAUCAUACCCUCCACCCUGACACUGCUUCCAGAACAGAGCCAGGCUCGCUGGGGCUUCAUCCUGGUAGUGGCUGACAGUUUAGACACUGCUAAGGCCAGUUUCGAUGAGGGCCUGAAUCUGAUGGCGACUGGGAACCUGCGUUCGUCUCACGAGAAGGCCUGGAAAGAGCUGUGGCUGCACAGCAAGGUGGAGGUGACAGGGUCAGACAGCCUCUGCAAGGCUCUAAUUGGCUGCAUGUUCUACCUCCUCAGCGCCUUCCCCUCCAUACAUGACACCUCCAGCUCUUUUGGUGGAGUCAGUCCAGGCGGACUGUCUAACGGUGGGGACGGUCAGGACUACUGGGGCCAUGUUUUCUGGGACCAGGACAUUUGGAUGUAUCCUGGCAUAGGUCUUUUCUACCCCAAGCUAGCCCGAGCUGUGCUGGAGUACAGGGUGCGGACUGUAGACGGCGCAAAAGACAACGCCCAAAAGCAGGGCUACAAGGGACUGAAGUUCCCAUGGGAGAGCGCUGUGUCAGGAAGGGAGGUGUGUCCAGAAGACAUCUAUGGACAACAAGAGAUUCACAUCAAUGGAGACGUCACACUGGCCUUCCAACAUUAUCUCUAUCUCACUGAGGAUUUGUCCAUGUUCUCGGAGGGCCAGGGCAGUCAGGUGAUAUGGGGUGUGGCUGACUACUGGAUCUCCAGAGUAACCUGGAACCCUGAGGACCAGCAGUACCACAUCCUAGGUGUCAUGCCACCUGACGAGUAUUACCGCAAUGUCAACAACUCUGUGUACACAAACACGGUGGCCAAAUUCAGUCUCCAGUUCGCUGCAGAAUUAGCGGAUCUCCUCAAACAUCCUGCACCACAGGAAUGGAAAGCGGUGGCCGAACGCAUCAAAAUACCUUUUGACAAAGAAUCCCAGUACCAUCCUGAGUUUGAUGGCUAUAUCAAAGGUAACCCAGUGAAACAGGCGGACACAGUGUUGUUGGGUUAUCCUCUUGGGUUGCCAAUGUCCCCUGAGGUCAGAAAAAAUGACCUUGAAGUGUAUGAGCCAGUGACAGACCCUCAGGGACCAGCCAUGACAUGGGGGAUGUUUGCAAUCGGCUGGCUGGAGCUGGGGGAGGCUGAGAAAGCACAAGCUUUACUCCAGAAGUGCUUCAAAAACAUCCAGGGACCGUUCCAGGUAUGGAGUGAAUCAUCAGAUGGCUCGGGUGCAGUCAACUUUCUCACGGGUAUGGGAGGAUUCCUGCAAGCUGUGGUGUUUGGUUACACUGGCAUCAGAGUUCAGAAGGAUUGCCUGGCCUUCUCCCCACUUCUUCCCAAUGACAUUUCUGAGCUUUGCAUCCGUGGAGUGAACUACCUGGGCAAUCAGAUGGACUGGCUGCUGAGGAAAGAGGAAGUCUGCAUCGUAGUGAGGCAACAGGCAGGCGGUGCUGAGGGUGUAAAGCCCUGUGAUCUACAGGUUGUCCUGAAGGCAUCAGGGAACAAAAUCCCUCUCACACCAGGGAAGCCAGUCACUUUUCCUCGGGAGCCUGGGUGUGUUUGUAAACUGGCUUCCUCUUCCUGCUGGCCUCUCUGAAACAGGAACCUGGACCAUACUAAUCAAUCAUCCUAAUCAUUCCAUUUACCCAGAAAAAUAUGUCAUAUUAUGUAAUAUCUGGGCUGUUGUUGUAUGUUGUCAUUAAUCUGAGAAAGCAUGAAUAAAUGGCAUGAAAUUCAA